UCUUCCUACCUUGUUUCCUCUCUUUCUGCCAUUAUCUUUGUCUUUGGGACUUCACCAUUUACCCCUUUUUCUAUUUAUUUCAUUUCCAAUUCUUUUUCCUAUGGAAUUUUAUCUCUAAAGCUCAUUCCUUUAGUAUCUUCUUCUUUAUUAGUAUCAUGGGAGCCUGUCUCUCCACCACCAAAGUUAUUGGCUCAAGCAGCAAGGCCACCGCCCACCACCGCAGACAACAUCAAUCCUCCGCAACCACCAAUGUGAAGAAAGGAUCUCAAAAGCCAAAACACCAACAGGAUCAGCAGCAGAAGCAGCAGGUGAGGAGUUCUCAGCCUUUAAAGGUCAAAGGGAAACCAAGUUCCAGGAAACAAACUGGGAUCAUCCCAUGCGGGAAGCGUACGGGUUUUGGGUACAACAAAGAUUUUGAUAACCGAUAUACCAUUGGGAAGUUGUUGGGACAUGGACAAUUUGGCUACACGUAUGUUGCCACAGACAAAGCCAAUGGGGAUCGUGUUGCUGUUAAGAAAAUUGAGAAAAAUAAGAUGGUGCUUCCAGUUGCUGUUGAGGAUGUCAAGCGCGAGGUUAAGAUCUUGGAAGCCUUGAAAGGACAUGAGAAUGUGGUUCAGUUUUAUAAUGCAUUUGAGGAUGAUUCAUAUGUAUACAUCGUUAUGGAGUUAUGUGAAGGUGGAGAAUUGCUGGACCGUAUAUUGGCCAAAAAGGGAAGCCGCUAUAGUGAAAAAGACGCAGCAAUAGUUGUACGGCAGAUGCUCAAAGUUGCCGCCGAGUGCCAUUUGCAUGGCUUGGUGCAUCGUGACAUGAAACCGGAGAAUUUCCUUUUUAAGUCAACCAAAGAGGAUUCACUUCUUAAGGCUACAGAUUUUGGUUUGUCAGAUUUUAUCAGACCUGGGAAGAGGUUUCAUGAUAUUGUUGGCAGUGCCUACUAUGUUGCUCCGGAAGUAUUGAAAAGAAGGUCAGGACCUGAAUCAGAUGUCUGGAGUAUUGGUGUAAUUACCUACAUUUUGCUUUGUGGGAAGCGGCCCUUUUGGGAUAAGACGGAGGAUGGUAUAUUUAAGGAGGUUCUGAAGAACAAGCCUGAUUUUCAUCGUAAACCAUGGCCAACAAUCAGCAAUAGUGCUAAAGAUUUUGUGAAAAAGUUAUUGGUGAAGGAUCCUCAUGCCAGAUUGACAGCUGCUCAGGCCCUAUCACACCCAUGGGUUAGAGAAGGAGGAAAUGCAUCUGAGAUUCCUGUUGAUAUCUCUGUCCUAAACAACCUGCGGCAAUUUGUGAAGUAUAGUCGAUUGAAGCAGUUUGCUCUGAGGGCAUUGGCCAGUACACUUAAUGAAGAGGAGAUAGCUGAUCUUCGGGAUCAGUUUGAUGCAAUAGAUGUGGAUAAGAAUGGUUCGAUUAGUCUUGAAGAGAUGAGACAGGCUCUCGCUAAAGAUCUUCCUUGGAAGCUGAAGGAAUCAGGUGUCCUUGAGAUUCUGCAUGCGAUUGAUAGCAACACGGACGGGCUUGUUGAUUUCACCGAGUUCGUUGCGGCAGCUCUACAUGUGAAUCAAAUGGAGGAACAUGAUUGUGAUAAAUGGAAAUUGCGUUCACAAGCUGCUUUUGAGAAAUUUGAUGUAGAUAGAGAUGGGUUUAUAACUCCGGAGGAACUUAGAAUGCACACGGGCUUAAGAGGUUCCAUUGACCCUUUGCUCGAGGAGGCUGACAUCGAUAAAGAUGGAAAAAUAAGCCUUUUAGAAUUUCGCCGACUUUUACGAACUGCAAGCAUUAGUUCACGGAAUGUACCUUGUUCAUCCGAUCAACGGCGGAAGUUAUAGUUUAUAACAGAAUGUUGUGAGGGUUGAUCGGUGGAGAAACAAACAUAGAGCAAGGAGAACGGAGAAUUUUUUUUUCUCCAGAUUUUGUGCUUUGCUUGUAUCUGUGCGGAGCAUCUGUCGGUCUACCUGUCUCCAUCAGCAUUAUAGAGAAACUUAUUGAGUUCUGUUAGAUGGCAUCUGUUUCAAUGAAUUCAAUGCCGAAAGGUCUUGGAUAUAAGAGUUUGAUGUUGGCUCUGGUAGCAAGAUAGCUCCAGGUAUAUCAUAUGGUCAUUCUGUAUUU